CUAGUGCAGGAGCUCCUGCUAAGAAAGAAGCAGUCCCAAAGACAGAAGCAACCCCUAAAACUGAAGCAACUCAGCCUCCUCCACCACCACCACCAGCAACACCACGUCCAGCUUCAACCUCAGGACCUAUCCCAGAUAUGGCCCCACCCCCUGCCAAGCCCCCUGCUAUACCAGUGACUUCGACCCCAACAUCGGCAGUCAAGCCAAAACCAGCACCAGCACCAUCUGGUGCCGCGCCGGCGGGAAUCUCUGGGAGCCGCACAGAACAAAGGGUAAAAAUGAAUCGUAUGCGCCUGAGGAUAGCUCAACGUCUGAAAGAAGCACAGAACACUUGUGCCAUGCUGACAACCUUCAAUGAGAUUGAUAUGAGCAACGUCAUGGAGAUGAGAACUCUCUAUAAGGAUCCAUUCUUGAAGAAGUACAACCUGAAACUGGGUUUUAUGUCCGCUUUCGUGAAGGCUGCAGCCUUUGCACUUGCUGACCAGCCAGUGGUCAAUGCGGUCAUUGAUGAUACAGAUAUUGUCUACAGGGACUAUGUUGACAUCAGUGUGGCCGUGGCCACCCCAAAGGGGCUGGUGGUUCCUGUGAUCCGUAAUGUGGAGACCAUGAACUAUGCAGACAUUGAGAAAACCAUUGCGGAUCUGGGCGAGAGGGCGAGGGCUGGAACUCUGGCCAUUGAAGACAUGGAUGGUGGAACUUUCACCAUCAGUAAUGGGGGAGUAUUUGGCUCUAUGUUUGGUACCCCCAUCAUCAACCCGCCUCAGUCAGCAAUACUGGGCAUGCACGCCAUCUUUGACAGGCCAGUGGCAAUUAAAGGACAGGUUCAGAUUCGACCCAUGAUGUAUGUGGCCUUGACUUAUGACCAUCGACUUGUGGACGGACGUGAGGCAGUGACGUUCUUGAGGAAGAUCAAAUCAGCAGUGGAAGACCCCCGAACUAUCUUGUUAGACUUGUAA